UGGAGCCGCAAUUGGCACCCUAGCACCGGCUGACCAGGUUACACACGGUACCUUGUAGCUUUGGACGUCAACAUCCAGCACUUGACAUCGACAUCCAUCAUCUACAUUCCAGACACCUCUACGGCCACAGCACCUGCAAUCGAAUCUGCCCGUCGCAACCACCCAAUUUUCGACGCCUCUUACGCUGCGAUUGUAUCUUGAACAACGUCAAUCAUGACGUGGAUAUCCAAAACCAUCACCGUCUUUGGCGGCCUUCUCCUCGCCCAUGCAUGCUACUCGGCCCAAGAGCACGCAGCACUGCAAUCCUUCAAGGCGGCGGCCACGAGCACACUCACCUCGUCCACUCCUCCAGUCGCAUCGUCGCUGCCCGUGGACAUUGCCAUCGAGACCAUUGUCGCGACUCUAGUUAUCGUGCUUGGUCUGGUUCUGGGAACGCGCCCGCUGCGGCCGAUUCAAUGGCGCGUCUGGGCCGGCAAGAUUGAGCGGGAAGGGGAGGAGGGCUUCUUGGGCAACAACGGAGAGGUGGAAAAGGACUACAUGGGCAACCCCUUCAGCUAUCUGGAGUCCAGGCCCAGCUUUGUCGACAUCCGAAGGCAGCGAAAAGAGUUUGCUGAAUGGGUCAAGAACGGUGGCAGCGAUGCCGGUGGGAAGAAUGACCGUUCUGGCCGCUCUACUGCCUCGCCGGCGCUCACUCCAUCAAGCCUGGCAGCAUCCUCAACGGCCUCACCUCGUCCUCAUUCGAGUGCGUCUCGGGCCUCUUUGGGACGGCGAAGCGUCACUUCUUCCUCUCGUAGAAGUGUAAACGGCUCCUCUUCAGCCCAUGGUGGACGUUCAAGUGCUGCUCUACCGUCUUCCACGCCAUCGGGAACUUCACGGCCUCGAGCGUCGUCACAGUCUCUUCCUCGACCCGCGUCGUCAUCGUCAUCCCGUCAUAGACAACAUCAAACACCGAACACUCGAACCCAGGCCUCCAGACGUACUGGCUCCACAGCCUCUGAGAGACGAUCGACAUUGUCAUCGUCAUCAUUCCGGUCUACGCCGCCCGGGUUGAAUUUCAGGUCUCUUAGACCCGUGGAGCCCCUUCUCCCAUCUACCUCUUCAUCGCGACGUGAACCUCAAAGCUCUCCAAAACUGCCGACUCUUCCAAGAGCAUCGAAUAGAGAUCUUCGCCGAUCCUCUUCAGCCACGCCGCUGACCGCGAAAUCUUCGACUUCUCGCCGUCCUACCCAGACUGCUACGUUUUCUCGAUACGAUGAGGCAGAAGAGGAGAGGUACAGAGAGCAGACUUCCGAUGCUCUGAACGAAGUCAUUAUGGCUGUCGAUAUGAACAGAGAUGGAAAGGUCGGAUGCGCAUACUACGUCGUCCUGGACGAGACUCUGAUCAUCGAAGAAGAUGUCUCCAUGGGCGGAAUCGAAACUGUGGCCACUAUGGUACUCCAAGCACAGCCAACGACUAUCAUGGUGCCGAACAGAGCUCCUCAAACACUUACCGAGUUCCUCGAACAGGAUGCUCAAAGGCUUGACGAUGACGAUGCCACCGAUAUUCGAGGGCUCUAUAUCCUUCGUCAUCUUGCCAGUGCAGAGUUCGACUAUGACGCAGGCAAAGAAGCGCUAUCGGGGCUUUACAAUGAUUCCUCGUCCGGAGAUGGGAUACCGCCAGGGGAAGAAGACGAAGACGCCGUGCAUUGCAUUGGCUCUUCGAACCACAGGCGAUUAAUGCGCUUAGAGAAGACAGUCAAUCUCAAUAGCCAUCUUUCCAUUGGUUGCGCUGGUGCCGUGUUGAGUGACCUUGAGCGUCGCCGCAGCACUGAAUAUCUCGCCCCUGGUGCCGAGGCACCAAUAUCUUUCAGAGUCAAGUCAAUCACCAUGAGUUCGCCGUCAGAUGUAAUGCUCAUAAGCGCAGACGCCUUGUUGUCACUACAGAUAUUGCGAACAGAGCUUCACCCAAACCCGCAGCUCCAGUGCCUUGGCGGCUCCGAGAACAAAGUCAAGGAAAGCCUCUCGAUUGCAGGGCUCCUCCAAGCUCUAGCAGGCACGGUCCAGGGAAAAUCAAGACUUCGUCAAAUGCUCUUCCAACCAAGCAUUGAUGUCGACGUGAUCGAGGGGCGACAGAGGAGUAUUGCGGUCUUUCUCCGUCCCGAGAAUAGUGAUAUCGUACAGAGCAUGCGGAGGCAGUUGAAAAAAGUCAAGAACAUCAAGGCCGCAUUACAUCAUGUCAGAGGUGGUGUUGACCGAAUCAGAGGGCAGCUAUCCCUUCGGAUCAACGACUGGAGGGCGCUUUUAAGGUUUACAAUGCUUGCCACCCAACUAAGGGAGGACAUACGUUCCCUUGUGGGAGGCCAAGAUUUAAACAUCUAUGCAAAGCUCCAAGAGGAUAUUGACACUCAGGGUAUUCUGCAGGCCGGCGAGACGAUAGUGAACACUAUCGACUUCAAAUUAUCACAAGACACAGGCCGAACAGAAAUCCUACCAGGCGCUAGUGAAAGAUUAGACGAGCUCAAGGACGACUAUACUCAGGUGUACCAAAUUCUUUCCGACGUCAAACGAGAUGUUCUGACGCAAGUCCCCGGAUGGGCUGUCCAAUAUGUCCAGGAAUGUACAAUAGUGCCCCGACUUGGGUUUCUCAUUGCAGUGACCCUGAACCCUGAAACGGGAGAAGGUGCUUUCAACGGAAGGGGCAUUGCUGAUGACGAGUGGCGCCAGGUGGUGAUGGACGAACAGCGGGCUUACUACAAGAACAGGACGAUGGUUGAACUGGACGACAUGUACGGUGAUUUAACUGAGGAGAUUGCCGAUGAGGAAAUCGAGGUGAUAGUGGAGCUCGCGGCGGCUGUUUCAGAGCAUGAAAAUGCACUGAUUCGCGCCUUGGAACUACUGGGGGAGCUCGACAGUCUGCUUGCGUUGGCUUUGGCUGCAGAGAAGUACAAUUGGGCUCCACCAAAGAUGACAUCCGAGAAUAUCAUUGACAUUGAGGGCGGACGUCACCCACUUCAGGAGCUUCUCGUACCAUCCUUUAUACCCAAUGACUGCUUACUCAGGGGUGGUUGCGGAUCGGAAGAUGGCGAUGAGAUUGACCUCAUAGGCGUCGAAGACGAACCCAAAGAGCCAUCGGCCUUAGUCUUGACGGGUCCAAACAACUCCGGAAAGAGCAUCUACAUGAAACAGGUUGCCCUAAUCGUCUAUCUGGCACACAUUGGAAGCUACGUGCCCGUCACGCGUGCCACGAUCGGAGUAACUGAUCGAAUUCUCACACGGGUUGCCACCCGAGAAACCGCCAUGGACGACGAAAGCGCUUUCAUGACCGAUCUCAAACAAGCGGCCUUCUCCAUCAACUUUGCGACCCGACGAAGCCUCAUUCUCGCGGACGAGUUUGGAAAAGGCACCACCAUGGAAGCCGGCGCCGCAGUCUUCACAGCCUAUCUGUACCACUUCUUGGAGUUGGAUGCGGAUCGGCCCAGGAUGCUCGUUAGCACCCACUUUCACGAUGUGUUCAACAAAGGAUUCCUAAGACCUGAAGAGGGUGUUGCGUAUGCUCAUAUGGAAGUUCGACUGGACCCGGAGGCGGAAGAGAGUGAAGAGAAAAUCACAUAUUUGUACCGUCUCGUUCACGGACGGGCUGAACACAGCCUGGGACUUAUGUGUGCGGCGAUCAAUAAUAUCGAGGAUGAUGUGUUGAAGAGAGCGGGAGAGAUUCUGGGCAUGCUGGAAAGAGACGAAGAUAUUGAGGAGGUGUUUGCGAAAUCCACUGAUGAGGAUAUUGAGGCAUUGAAGGCUUCGGAGCUUGUUGCCAGGCGGUUUCUUGCUGCGCAUAUACCACAAGGUGGGAGGGAUACCUUGAGCGGAGUUGGCUCGAUUCGGGAUAUGUUGAGGGAGAUAUUGUCACCUAAGGAGGAUGGAGGAGAAGUAGGUGAGGUUGAAUCUGAAGAGUGAAUAUUGAGGUGGAUGUCAACUUGUAAUCAUAGUGUCUUGUUUGCUUGGAGAUGAUGUCGUAAAUUUGUGUGGAUGUUCUAAAUCAC